UUAAGAACCCCUGCCCCGCCCCCUCUUAACGAGCUGCUCUGCCAGCAGCUGCGUCAAUCACCUUCCAGAAGCUUCAAGGAGUUGAAAAGCUGCCAGGAUUUCAGUUAGCCUUGACUGCCUGACCAGGAAAAUGGAGAAAGUUGCUCUCCCCAAAGAUAUGGACAGUUUUGAAUUGUUUUCCAUGUCGGAGCUGGACAGCAAAUUCUUCUUGGACCAGCUGUCGACAUCAAGAGUGUCCGCUGAUGGAUCUGACUCCAAACCCUCCAACCUGGCCUUUCUCUGCACGUCUUCAGACCUGGCUUCUCCCACUCCGGGACAGUGCCCCAAUGACUCCAACGUCCAAGAAGUUAAGAAGUCCCAACUGCUGGUCCCGCCGCAGUGCAAGUCCUCCACUCCCUACUUCCUCUUUCAAAAGCAGGAAAAGAAUGUUUAUUUUGAGCAGUCGUACAACGACCUCACCGCCUCGCAGAUGUCCUGGGACCAGUCUUUGAUCAACCCGGCGAGCAACAGUCCAAAGCUCUGCAUGGAGUUGAGCGCUCUGGAGAACGCUGAGGGCCUGAAUGUGUAGAUGAGUCCAAUUGACAUUUUCCUCGACUCCUUGUCUUUAACAAAUGACCUAAUAAAUGCUGUUCUAUUUA